UUUUCUUUUAUACUAAUUAUACAUAUUAACGUUACGAUGGCACAGUGGGAAAUUAAAAAUAAAACCUUCUUAGUAACUGGAGGCGCUUCCGGAUUGGGCGCCGAAUACGCCAAGGCUUUCCUAAGCGAAGGCGCUAAGUACGUAGUUAUUCUGGACAUCGCUGAGGAACUUGGCAAAGCAACAACAGAGAAGCUGAACAAGCAGUAUGGCAAUAAGGUCUCGUUCAUCAAAUGCGACUGCAGCAAGGAGAAUGAUAUAGUAAAAGCAUUUAACGAAGUAGUUGCUCUGGUAAAACAAAUCGAUGUCAUCGUGAACAAUGCUGGUAUUAUGAAUGACAACCCUAAGGUUUGGAGGCUCGCCAGUGAUGUUAAUUGGCAAGGUGUGGUUUCGUUUACCAUGAAAGGCCUUGACCACAUGAGGAAGGAUGAUGGCGGUGCUGGUGGUACCAUCAUCAACAUUGCGUCAACGGCCGCAUUGACAGCUUUCGAAUGCCUACCUGUUUAUAAAGGAUCCAAAUCAGCUGUUUUGAACUUCAGCCAAUGUAUAGCCAUUGAACCUUUCUUCAAGAACACUGGUAUUAGAGUCCUAACCUUCUGUCCCGGCGGCACGGCCACUCCAUUGACUCAGAACUUAGAAGUCAAGACCUACGACCUCAAAAUGGGACCAGAAUUUGCCAGGAUUGUGGAAAAUGAGGGUGGACCAGUUAUCCAAAAAGUGGAGUCAUGUAUUAAAGCUAUGGUUGACAUGUUCAAAGUUGCCGCUCCUCGUACUAUUUGGGUGUCCACUAACGACAAACCUGUUCAAGAUUUGACAGAGCUAAUAGAUUAUCAUUACAAAGAAAUUGAAAAGGUUGUUGAAGGAAUCUAAUUUAAUCGUGCCUACUUGCUUGCUUGCUCAGAAAGAUUACUGUAAAAUGGACUAUGAUAAAUAAAAACGGAAUGUAUACUUAAAUUUA